GGUAUCGAUCGCAUACUUGGCUCCAACAUCAGAAUCGAGAAAAGGAAGAAGCCUGAGUCAGCGAGCAAAAUGGUGGCAGGGCUUAGAGAGUUCACUGCAAGAGUUGAAAGAAAUGGUGUUGACGAACCAGUUCUGGAUGCAGAGAAUGGCGAGGAGCUGAUGCACGUUCAGCCUUGUGUUUCUAUCGUCCUUGGUAAUCGCCCUCCUGAGUCCCCUGGCACUCUCCACAUCUCCACCAAGAAAGUGGUCUGGUUGAGUGAUGUUGACAGGGCGAAAGGUUAUGCUGUGGACUUCUUGUCUAUAUCACUGCAUGCUGUAUCCAGGGACCCAGAGGCCUACACCUCUCCUUGUAUAUACACUCAGAUUGAAACUGGGGAUGACGAGCAUGUGUCCGAUGGCUCAGAUUCAGAAUGCAAUGGUGUCUUAGAUUUGUCCAAGAUCACAGAAAUGAGGCUUGUUCCUUCAGAUCCUAACCAAUUGGAUUCUCUGUUUGAGGUAUUUUGCGAGUGUGCUGAGCUUAAUCCUGAACUGAUUGAAGAAGCGGAAGAAGAGCAUAAUUGGAUUUUUAGUGCUGAUCAGUUGGAAGAUGACGCAACAGGGGAAGAUUCUGAGUGGCAUGUUUCUGAAAAUCCUUCAAUUGGUCAAUCUAAUGGGGAUCAUGACCUAGCUCGUACCGUGCUUGAGCUUCAAAUCAAUGAUCAACGCUUUGAGGAUGCUGAAGAAAUGGAGCAUGAGAAUGAUGGUGGCCGCCAUUGAAAUUCUUUCUCCUUUCAAUGUUUCAUCUCUUUCAAGUGUUGCGUUUUAACCCAUGACCCUUUCUUGUUAUGCUCUGGAUCUUGCUGUAUAUGUGAACAAAUUGUCCGUUAGUCAUUAGUCUCAGGACACAAGGAUUGGUAACUUUGUGAGGAGUACCUUUAGGCCUUUCUUUCGAUUUAUUGGUUUACUGCUAUCUUUUAUGGAAAGAUGAAGGAUUCUUUUGGUAAGAA